AUGGAUCGAAGGGAUGCUAUGUCGAUUUCGGGCUCUGCCUCAUUUUAUAUGCAGAGAGGGAUAACUGGUUCUGGUACACAACCUAGUCUAAAUGUUUCAUCUGGCAUCAAUACUUUACCCAACACAAAUGUACCAUUUCAACCAAAUAUUGGAGCCAAUACCAUGGGAUUGACAUUACCAACGGAGCAUCCAGUAGCAAUUUCACCUCAUGGUGUCAAUGUGGGUGCACCAUCUUCACUGCCACCAUCCAGUGAGCCUGUGAAAAGGAAAAGGGGAAGGCCCCGGAAAUACGGACCUGAUGGGGCUGUAUCAUUGGCAUUGUCUCCCUCAUUGUCUACUCAUCCCGGUACGAUAACCCCAUCCCAGAAGCGGGGUAGAGGGCGGCCGCCAGGGACUGGGAGGAAGCAACAAUUAGCUUCCCUUGGUGAGUGGCUGUCUGGUUCGGCUGGGAUGGGUUUUACUCCUCAUAUCAUCACCAUUGCAGUAGGAGAAGACAUUGCAACAAAAAUAAUGUCAUUCUCACAGCAGGGUCCAAGAGCUAUAUGCAUCUUGUCAGCAAAUGGUGCCGUUUCUACGGUGACUCUACGUCAGCCAGCAACCUCUGGCGGCACGGUCACAUAUGAGGGACGCUUUGAGAUCUUAUGUUUAUCAGGAUCUUACUUGCUCACUAACGAUGGUGGCUCUCGCAAUCGAUCUGGUGGUUUGAGUGUCUCCCUUGCUAGUCCUGAUGGUCGUGUUAUCGGUGGAGGAGUUGGUGGAGUGCUUAUUGCAGCAAGUCCUGUUCAGGUGAUAGUCGGAAGUUUCUUGUGGGGUGGUUCGAAGUCAAAGAACAAGAAAAUGGAAGGUCAAGGAGGAGCCAGAGACUCGGACCAUCAGACAGUUGAGAAUCCAGUAACUCCAACUAGUGUUCAACCAAGUCAAAAUCUUCCAAGUCAAAAUCUUACUCCAACCUCUUCUAUGGGUGUAUGGCCAGGUUCACGGCCAGUUGAUGUGCGUAACACCCAUGUUGACAUUGAUCUGAUGCGUGGAUAA